GAGAAGUUUGUGAAGGUCUGGAAGAGAGGGAGAGGAGAAAUGUUGAAAGCUUUGAGAAUCUACGCGGAGGCUCUGAGAUUGGUGCGGCGGUUGCCCAAGGACUCAAGGCCUUACUACGCCAAGUAUCUUCGCGAGAACUUCGUCAAUUACAGAGAGGUCGAGGUUAACGAUGACCAAGCUCUCCACGACCUCUUCAAUCGCGCUUACCUUCAUUCCCUCUGGGUCCUCAACAAGUAUUCUGUUGAUGAAUCCGCCGCCGAUAAGUUGAAGAAGAUCUGCACCGGUUAGUUGAGGUGUUCGUGUUCUCAUUUGUACUCAAAUGAGGUUUUGAUCAUUUUAAGAUUGUCGAAGAGUUGGUGGAAUUCUAGACUAUGCUACAACGCUGUGUAUGGAUUUUGGAAAUAAUAAAAACAUAUUUGAAAGAUUAUGGUAAUGGUUUUGUGGUACUGUUGUUAUUGCUGUUGCCUUUUGUUUUUCCAAUUAAGGUCUUGAUUUUUUCCUUUUCUGAACUUGAGAUGGAGCCUUACAACA